AUGUCUACAGAGCGUGAAUACGAUUUAAUUCUACUAGGAGCGACUGGCUACACGGGUAAACUCACUGCCCAGUAUAUAUCAAAAUCGCUUCCUCCUAAUCUGAAGUGGGCAAUUGCUGGAAGAAACAAGCAAAAGCUUGAGGAACUUGGCCAGUCUCUCGCGGCCCUAUGUCCAUCUAGGCAAUCAGUUGAUACCCUCGUUAUAAAGCUCAAUGAAAGUGAGCUUGACUCUUUGGCAAAAAGGACACGACUAGUCAUAUCGACCGUGGGGCCUUUUCAACUUUAUGGCUCUGGUACAUUCGCCGCCUGUGCCAGAAAUGGCACGCACUAUCUGGACUGUACUGGGGAAGCUCCGUGGUUAAAGGACAUGAUUGACCAGCACGAUAUAGUUGCAAAGGCGAACGGCAGCAUUAUGAUCCCAUGCUGUGGCUUUGACUGUGUCCCGUCCGAUCUCUUGACCUGGGUUGCCGUUAAACAUAUUCGAUCCAAUUUCGGCACACAUGCAGGGCGUCUAGAUCUUUGUAUUCAUAGCAUCCAGGGCGGAAUAAGUGGCGGGACACUGGAAUCGGUUAUACAGGCCUUUGAGUUAUACAGCAUUCGCCAUCUGUAUAAUAUACACGCCCCCUUUUCUCUUUCUCCGAAGCGUCCUACUCCGAAAGUGCCGCCCAAACAUACAAGCCUUUGGACCAAAGUCUUUGGACUACUCAGGAUCAAGCAGCUCGGUUGGAUGGCCUAUCAGCCACAGGCCAUGGUUGAUCGAGCAAUUGUCCACAGAUCCUGGGGCCUACUAGAGCCCACUACCGCUUCAUAUGGCCAUGACUUUGAUUGGCAUGCGUGGUUCAGAAUUUGGGGGCCUGUGCUCGCGGUCUUGUGGCAUCUUUCAGGGUUGAUGUUGGCACCGUGGAUCCUUUUACGCCCUGUGCGAAAGCUUCUCCCGAAACUUUGGUAUCAGCCUGGAAGUGGUGCAGGUGAAGAACAAAUCAAGAAUAACUGGUUUGAGAUUCGCGGUGUCGCCGAGACAGACACCUCGACGCAACUAAAGUCUAGGGCAUUAGUUCGCAUGCGCUACGAGAGUGACCCAUAUAUAUUCACAGCAGUUGCCCUAGGAGAGGCAGCACGUAUUCUUCUUUGGCAGCAAGAUACUUGGGCGCACAAGUUUGGUGGUGGGGUACUAACUCCUGCUAUGCUGGGGGAUCGCUAUGUAUCCCAACUGCGCGGUGCUGGUGUUAUCAUUGAAGCUCAAAAUGAAGGCGUCAGCUCUCACGGAAAUGAUCCGUUCAGGAAUAAAUGA